GUUGUUGUGGAUAAAAAAAAUGAAACUUCGUCGUUGAAUAUUCUUGUGAGCGCGGCAAUGACUGAUUGAAUCUACCAUCCUACAACCACCAUCUAUUGGAAUAACCUAUCUUAGCAUCAUUUUGUUAAUACAGAUUUUCUAUGAAAAUAUCUGGCAUCUCUGAUGCAAACGCAAAACGUUAACGGCCUCGUACUUGAACGCAUACGGAAUGUAAAUAAUAAUAGCUUGUACUUUGAUGAAAAAUCGAUAUUGAUAUUUAAGAUGAGUGCGGAAAGUGUUCACGAGCUAAUUGGCAGUCUAAUAUACUCGAUUGGGCGAGAAUCGCCGGGGAAAUCUUCGGAUGGUAUUAUGAAAAAAUGCAAAUCACUAGCAUUUGGCAUUUUGCUUGGUAAGCGCUCCGCCACCGCAUCAGCGGAUGAACACCACAACGAAAGCAAUUCUUUGGCACUGCGGAUGAUAAUGGAAGAACCGAUCGAAAUGUUGCAUUGUCAUCUAUUUGAAAUGCAACUACGAUCCAGAUAUCAGUUCCAGAAACGACGAUGCGAGAAAUAUGAUGAAUUGUUAGAACAGUUGGAACUUGAUCGUUUAGGUGGAACAGAUGCAGUGUUUGAGGGAAAGGAUAAAGAAGUUUUGCAGUUUUUGUUGCUGCUAAGAGAUUCCGUUCCUGAUGGAAGAGAACUCAGUGAAGGGGAGGCCCACAUUGCAGGAGAUUGGAUGCCGUCAACACGUUUGGGUCCCUAUCCAAUCUUUCAGCAGGGUAACUUUCAGACGAAUACUGCCAAAUUGAAUGCAUAUUACAGAGAGCGUACUACAAAUCCAUACUGUUUGAAAAAGUCUGGCCAAGUCUUCUCGGAGAAUGUCAGUAAUUUGCUGAACAUCACAGACAAAGUGAAGACGGAAAAGGGGCUUCCGCAAAUUGAUAGUACAUUUAUCAGUGAUCCAAUUGCUGAAUUAGUCAGUUAUCAAGGACCUUUCAAAUACAAUAUGAUGAAAGGAAGUGUAGAUGAGGAUGAACAAUUGUUAACAAGUUUCGAGGUAAUCCCGAGUGAUUUGGUGAACCAAUCGAGCGUCGGAUGUUGUCAGCGAGAGAGUGUAUUUAAUUUCAACUGGGAAAAUUUAGGAAAUCGUUUUGUUCCUGUGGAACAGUCAUUUGCAACGGAGUGCAAUGCAGUUCUGCAUCUAACUGCACUUGGUGCCAAAUCCUCUAAGGAGCUAUCUGAUAUCAAAGUUGUACGAAAUAAUGAUUUUUUAAGAGAUGUGAAAUCACUAUUGACUGGAAUCAGCUCGAGAUGUUUCUAUUACGAUAAUAACAAUCGUUUUUCGAUGGUAGCCAACUUCACGGUGGAUUCGAUUUCACCAGUUACUAUGAAGGAAGUUGUGGAUCAGUUUAUACAAUUGGGCACCUGUUUUAGGCGCCUUCAAAAGAUGACCAAGAAAAAUCCUUACAACCACGCUAUGCUGUUAGACGGGUUUGUUUUUAAAGCUUUUUGCGAUAGCGUCGAGAAGAUUCUUAGUUGUUUUCGAGUGGUCGUGAAUAGUUACGAAGGUUGUUCUCUAUUGCAUCUACAGCGGCUUAUCGAGCCCAUGAAGAAACAAAUUCUAGCGCUAGCUAAAUUUUGCGGUAUUCAUCCCGAUCAUGAAAGUGAUAAAGACUUCCCUAUCGGUUCGGUUUUCCUGGACCACCUUUACAAAGAAUUAAUUCAAAUCACUUGUUCCGACGUUUCUUGCUUCCUACUGCACAUACUGAAACAUUGUUGCUACGCUUACUUUUUGUUGUUCCAGCAGUGGCUUUUCGGAGGUCAAUUGCGAGAUCCUAGUGGAGAGCUUUUUAUCUACUUCGUAAAUCAUUAUCGCCCCAAAACAAAGCAUUUCUUUGAUAAAGCUUUCCUUAUUCGGCGCCAGGCGGUUCCGGGUUUUCUCAAGGGGUUCGAAGAAGAUGUGCUCCUUUGUGGAAAGUAUACUAUGCUACUAAAGGCAUUUAGACCGACGCAUCCUAUUUUCUCAUUGAAAAUCCCCAAACUGGAGGUAUGCCUUUCGUACAGCUCGGUCGAUAAGCUGAAGAACCUCUGGCUACAGUACGUUGCGAAGGCACGGGAAAUUUGCGGUUUGCCGGUUUCGGUUCGACAACUGUACGAAAAGAAGGAACGCGAUCGGGAACAAUUCCUGCGUUUGGUGGAGGAAAAUUUUCGCCGUAGUAUGACCCAAUGGCGGAUGGAUCAGGAUGCGGAAGCAGAAGAGCUACGAUUGAAGAAACAACGUCAGCGGGAAGAACUACUGGAACAUUUGAAUGAGAUUCGUGAAAGCAAACAGACAGCUAGAAAGCAGGAGAUUGUACUUGAAAUGCGCUAUCAGGUGGAACAAUCUCAGUUUGAAAAAGGUCAAUUACUGGCGGAAAAUCUUGAGCGAGAAAAGGUUGUUGAGGGGUAUAAAGAGUUGAAUCGAAUAAUGGAUGAAAAGAGGAAGCGGACCGAGGCGCAGGUCAAUAGGUUAAAGGUUGAACUUACAGGAGAUGGAUUAGAAACAGCAGAUAGUGAGACCGAAUUUGAGUCCUGUGUUGGUGGCAGUACGACGGAAGAUGAAAGUGCUUCGUUUUAUGAAGAUGCUCAAAAAAGUCCGUUGAGUGAUCGACCAGGAGAAUUAUCUAAUGAAGAUGAGGAUGAGAAUACAAUUGUAGAAAAAGCGGGAUCGACGUUGAUUGCGAUCGGAGAGAUUGAUCUGGUGAACUGUAAUGACGUGUUAAAUGAAUUUGAGAGAAACAAGCAGAGAGUUUUGGGAUCGAACAUAGGAAAUUACUUUUCGGAAGAUCAUGAGAAUGCCAACAUCGAAGAAAUCAAAGAAACGGUUUCUGCUGGAACUCGCCAAUUGACGGAAGCUCAACGAAACAAGAUUAAGAUACUUUCCCAGGAAUAUGGCUUUGGGAGCGGCAAGACGAUCGAGAAAAAGGAUCUGAACUGUAACGAAAUGGAAGAUCGACAUUACAAUCGCCAAAAGAUCUUGAUCAGUGAUUUUACUAACCGGAAACAGGUCACUGACGUGGCAACCACGAGGGAGCCAACAGAAUUGGAAAGGAAUCGUAUGAAAAUAAUGAGCCAAGAGUAUAACGUGAUUGUUGAUGACCAUGACCGUGGCUCACAUCAUGACAGAAAACCAGAAAUGUAUUUAAACUUGGAUUCAGAUCGUGCUAUCAAUCGCAAACGAGUUCUGGAAUGCGAAUAUAAUAUUUUGACAGGAGCUCAAAAUUUUGUCGAUACUCCAAUGUCCGUCGAUAGUGACACGUUUAGUGAAGAUCUUCAUUUGCCUUUGAUUACGAUUAAUGGAGUACCACAAGAUAUUAACGCCAAUCCGCUGGCAUCGGAGGGCAAUAUGUUGAGGCUAAAUAUGACUAUCGCACAGGAGGAAUUUAAUGAGAGUCGAUUUGGUGUUCCUGACACGGCAAUGUUAGCACAGGAAACCCCAGAGAGUGCUUUAAAUACAGCUGGUCUCGAAGCUAAGCAAGGUUUCGAAUUUCCUGAUCUAAAGAAAAGUUGUUCAGUAAUGAAACUAGAUACUGGGGACUGUUGCGAUGAGGACGAAAUAUACAAGGAUUUUAUGGAAGCACUAAAAAAGCGAGAUUUGAAUCUUUGUGAGCUAGCAAGUAUGAGUAAUGAAGUUGGCAGUCUUUCCGAGCUUCGUCAACUGGAUAGUGAACUACGAAGUGUUGAUGUGCUCACAGUAACCCGUUUUCUUCAAAGUUCUCUUGUGAUUCCUCUGAAAGCCCAUAUGCAAAUCGUAAACAGUGAAAUUAUGAAGAUGUGUUUGAACGAUCUUGAUAUAUUGGGUCAUUUCGAAAGUCUUCGCAACUACUUUCUACUGAUGGACGGAGAGUUUUCCUGUUACAUCUGCGACAACCUUUUCAUACUUCUGGAGGAAGUUCGAAGUCCCGAUGAGCUGCUGAAUUAUCAAACAUUGCACACGAUCUUGGAUUCGGCGUUAUGUUCGAGUGCUGCCGGAGCCGAUAAAAAUGCUGAUCGACUGUCAUUCAACGUGGAACAGAUUCCGGAGUGCUUUGAACUUUUCCAUCCAAACGCAAUCAGCAUGUUGAAUCUCAGCUACCGUGUCGAAUGGCCACUGAAUCUCAUCCUUAAUCCAGAAACAAUUGAACAGUAUACUAAUAUCUUCAAGUACCUGGUGAAAGUGCGCCGUGUUAGCUUUGUACUUGGAAAAUCGUUUCAGCUACUCAAAGAAGUUCUUAAACAGUUUGGGAAACGUAUUCUGGGCUCGCCCCAAUACAGUCGCGUUCAACUCAUUUCACACAAGUUAUCCCAUUUGGUGAAUGCUCUUAAAAACUAUAUCACUAGUAGUGCACUUCAAGCAUCCUGGGAAACAUUUCGCAAGGAUUUAGAGACAGCCGAAUCGAUGGAAGAUCUCUAUCGAAAGCACACCACCUAUAUUAAACGAAUUCUUUUCCUCUGUCUGUUGAACAAAAAAAGUCUUGAGUUUUACAAUAACAUGGAGGACAUUUUCAGGGUUGUCCUCCGUUUCUACAAACAUCUGAAGUCGAAGGCCUGGCGUCCGCAAGAUAAGGCCAAUCCAACAUCACCUUUGAUUCACCCAAAGUACGCGCAAAUUCUAACCGAUGAAGGCGACUUCGAGAAACUGAUCAAGUAUACGAUAUACCUGGGAAACAAAAUGUACGAUCAUGGUUACCAAAAAGAGAUUCACGAAUUUAUCAAUGUUAUCAACAUCAAUGGCUAUUAUAGUGCCACCAGAGAAGGAUCCCAGUAGGACACGGUACGUGGUUCCACUAGUUCCUUAAUCUAUAGUGCAGUGGUACGGUUUUUUUUAUAUAAAACCGCAUAAUCCUGAGGAACUGUAUGAUUACUGUUAUUGCGUACUUUACGAUAAACUUCUCUCGAUAUGAUGACACUAGAAGUUAUUGUUUCAGCUUAGUAACUUAGCUUCUGUAUCAUAUUGUCUUUUUUUCAUCCAAAGGUGCUAUCGAUCAGAGCUACUAGUACUGAGUGUAGAUUAUGAAAUAAACUUUCUCACUUUGUUAAAUUGACUACAAUGUAAUCAAAUCAAAGCCUAUCGUGAGUGUUUAUUGUUAUUGUAAACAUGAUGCUAAUCUUAUCGAUACUGAUA